UCAGCUCUCACUUUUCCUCUCACCAACCACCUCCGCUGAGCUCCCGACCAUGCCCGAGCCCGCCAAGUCCGCGCCCGCCCCGAAGAAGGGCUCCAAGAAGGCGGUGACCAAGGCGCAGAAGAAAGACGGCAAGAAGCGCAAGCGCAGCCGCAAGGAGAGCUACUCGGUGUACGUGUACAAGGUGCUCAAGCAGGUGCACCCCGACACCGGCAUCUCGUCCAAGGCCAUGGGCAUCAUGAACUCGUUCGUCAACGACAUCUUCGAGCGCAUCGCGGGCGAGGCGUCGCGCCUGGCGCAUUACAACAAGCGCUCGACCAUCACGUCCCGGGAGAUCCAGACGGCCGUGCGCCUGCUGCUGCCCGGCGAGCUGGCCAAGCACGCCGUGUCCGAGGGCACCAAGGCCGUCACCAAGUACACCAGCUCCAAGUAGACGCGCGAGCACGCGGCCUCACUCCUGACCCAAAGGCUCUUUUCAGAGCCACUCCGUCUUCUAAAAAGAACUGUGACUCACUCUUGAUACCGGAAUGAGGGAAUCCGAAGAUAAUAUCCAGGAGAGAAAAUGGGAACAGAAUUUAGAGGCAUUAAGAUACCUAAACACUUACGUCCCGGCCUGGAGAAUGUGAAUAUGUCAGAGUCGCCGAAGGAAGAACGCAGGAGGCCGAAGUGGUACGGGCUGAUAAGUGGAUUAGGUCAUACGGAUACCAGAUGGGCUGAGUCCCAAAAUGGUGCCAGCACCCAGGGAUGGAGGGUCAGGUUUUAAAGGACUCAGCGGCUUCCUCUGGGCGGAAAACUGUCUGGGAGGACCUGGAUCCUAGGAAGGGCUGGAGGGGAAGAAUAAAGGUCUUAGCAAGUGGACUGUGGUCUGAGCGAAAGGGAACGUAGGUUGUGAAGUGGCCUAAAGGUCAGUUCGCAGGGGAGGGAGUAUCGAUUCAAUUAUUUGAUCAGACCUAACGUAUAAAUGUGUGUUUUGUGUCAGGGACUGCUUGAGUGACCUGGAAUUGUCAGCAGAGAAGACGAUGUCUAGAAGAACAUGGAGGACGGUGGCUAAAGUCAGCAGGAAGGAGAUGAACAUGCAGAGGGCACUUUGGCCCAUCUAGACAAGAUUCACACAGCGGGGCCCUCACACACCAGCACUUAUGUCACUUUACUGGUUUUCAUUGGAAUUUAUAGCUGGCAGCUUCAAUAAUUCACAUGAUUUGCUCCAAAUAAUUUUUGUCAAUAUUUUUUACUUAAAGAAUAAUUUCUAGAACAGAGAGAAAGAGAUUGAAGCAUAGAAACAGAUGAGAAAAAUCUGAGUCUAAAGGAUGGUUUUUCCUGAGUUUUAUCACCUGAGUAGACUGAUGCCUGCUAGCUGGGUGUUGUGGAUACUUCAAUGAGCCUGUGAAUCUCUCUUUUUCUUUAAUCUUCACUCAAGGAUAUGUUUAUUGAUUUUUUUUUGAGAGAGAGAGAGAGGG